CCUCUUCGAGGACUACGACUCCCAGAGGCGCACCGCGGCGAAGCGGAGGGCCGGGGGAAAAGAGCGAAGGGCGGCGUUGGCGGCGGCGGCAGAUGCUGGCAGAGGCGGCGGCGGAGGGUCGACUCUGACUUGAAAACCGCCCCGUGGGAAACACCCGAAGGACAAAAUGGCAGAGAAAGUCAACAACUUCCCCCCGCUCCCCAAAUUCAUCCCGCUGAAACCGUGCUUCUACCAGAACUUUGCCGACGAGAUUCCAAUCGAUCAUCAGACGCUGGUGAGACGGAUCUAUCACUUAUGGAUCUUCUAUUGCAUCACCUUGGGCGUCAAUCUCAUCGCCUGCCUGGCCUGGUGGAUCGCCGGCGGUUCCGGGGCCAACUUCGGCUUGGCGCUUCUCUGGCUCCUCGCUUUCAGCCCCUGUGGUUACGUCUGCUGGUUCCGGCCGGUCUACAAAGCCUUUAGGUCGGACAGCUCUUUUAACUUCAUGGCUUUCUUCUUUGUCUUCGGAGCCCAGUUCGUCCUGACCGUCAUUCAAGCCGUCGGCAUCGGCGGCUGGGGAGCGUGCGGUUGGCUUGCGGCCGUGACGUUCUUUGGCACGAGCAUCGGCGCUGCCGUGAUCAUGCUCAUCCCGGCGAUCAUGUUCACGUUUUCGGCACUGGUGAUGCUGGUUUGCCUUCUGCGGGUCCACCGGCUUUACCGCGGCGGCGGCGGAAGCUUCCAGAAAGCUCAGGACGAGUGGCAGACUGGGUCGUGGCGGGACCCCCCGAGCCGGGAAGCUCAGUUCAGCAACUUCUCUGGGAACAGUCUCCCGGAGUACCCGACCGUCCCCAAUUACCCUCCCGGAGGCCGGUGGCCGUGAGUUCGAAACCGCUCCCGUCAGACUUGCGCCCGGAUCGUUUGUUUUUUCGUAUCGCUGUGCAAAUUUUUAUUUUUACAUCUUGCAGUUUUUGCGGAUUUUAAAAAUCAUUCCGGGUGGAAGAAUAACAUGCAAGACGUUCGUCUUUUCCCUGUUGUUUUUUUUCAUCUCUCUCAAUUUGUUUCAAAUCAUCUCAAUGUUCUCCUUGCCUUUAUGGCGACCGCAGAAGAAUUUGGAGGAGCUUGCUGGUUUGGAACUGCAGGAAGCGUGGCUGUUGCCAACAUUUGACUAGUUUGCCUGGAGGGAUGUGAGCUGCCAUUUCUAUUCCUCUAUUCUCCCUGCGUCCAUCCUCACUUUUUUGCCAAUGGAUGAACGUCACAGGCCUAGGGGAAAAAGUCACAUCCUUAAACCUUCCUAAAAUCUGCCUUCACGGUCAACCUUUUGCCUAAAAGAGCAGUGGAUCACCGCCACGUUCUUCGCCUGCAGGCUGUUUUGCAUUUUCGGGAGCCUCCGCUCAUGCAAAUAGUUGUGAGAGGAGGAGAAAGAAGCCUUUGAUUAUUAUUAUUUUAUUUUUUUGUUACGUGCCCAAGAACGGCAUUGCCCAUUCUCUGCCGUUCCUUUGAGGCCGCAGCGGUGAGAGAGAACUUGAUAACGUUG